GUGACUCCGUCUUGUCUUUUUUUUUUUUUUUGAAGGUAGAGGUGUCGCGCGUUUGCUUUUAAAUUUUUUUACCCUUCUUUUUCUUUUUUUUGGCUGAGCAUACAACAAAGAAUGCAACCGACAGAAGCAGGCGAGCUACGUGAGCUCCUUAACAGGGUUUGCGAAGCAAGACGUAUACCCCCACAGGCUGCUAUACGAUUAGAACACAUUUUACAAGAAUAUAAGCCAAAGUUGGUCAAACUACUCGAUGAUCCACCCAAGAAUUCUCAACACAGAUCCACCAUUGAAAGCGGAAAGGCAAUCAUCAACACAAUUGAAUACAAAAUCAACAAAGAAUUCACCAAAGAAGCAAUAUUCCUUUCAGAUCAUCUCAACUUGGACGAAUACGAAUCUUCAAGAUUAUUACUGGAAGGAACGCGUCGGACCAACAAAACCUUUGCUCCAGCAGUCGAUACCGCUAUCUAUUUGUAUCAUACAGAACGCGACUACGUUCUGACCAUCUUGAAUACCAUUUUAGAAAGUAUAAACGAUCAUCAAAUCGACAAACAUAUUCGUUGUAUAUUUCUUGAUUUUAUGGUAGACAUUUAUCUGAAAGAAGCGGAUUCCUUUGUCAGCAAAAUUCUCAAAUCUCUUCAAAAUAUGAAUACAGCGAUAAAAACGAUCAACAAGGAUACCAUGUCUCAACAAGUGAAACUGUGUGAAGGCACACUGUCAUUUAGAAUUAGCCAGUUAAACGAAGAGAGAAUAUUGCUUGCGCAGGUUUUAUACCAUAUUGCAUCUUUAUUAUGGCUAUCGGAAGCAGAUGUGCUAUCACUCAUAGACACUGUUCGAACUACCACACUGCUAAAUCCUACUGCUCCCUAUCUCUUGGUUGCUCUCCUGGCUGUUAUUUCACCUAAAUAUUUGGAGGAUCAGUCACGUCAUGGAACGAGUUUUUGGAAAAACCAAGAGUCAAUGAAAAAGAUGCACGAAGCUAUUGUUGAUAAAGAAUGGAAGGUGGAUGGUGUCAAAGGCGCUGUAUUACUGCAGUGGUCUAUGUUCAAUGCCAGGGUAAGAGGCUUAGGGAUCAGCAGCCCAUUCAAGCUAGAUGAACAAAGUACUACGUCAUUAUUAAAGAAAGGCAUCGAGUUGGAUGCUUUUGGAUUCUUGAAUCAAUAUUUACUACACUUUAAGCAGGAGAACGGAACAAGUCCGGAUAUGAAUAAAGUAAAGGAAAGUUCAGAUGGGGAAUCAACCAUGGUCAUCGACGGAUUAACUGUUGAUCCAAGCGACUAUUCUAAAUUCUACGCAGACAUUGCACCUGAAUUUCAGUUGAUUGUCGUACACCAGCUUGAAUACUUUGCAGAACUCUUCAUCCUCAGACUAUCCUCACAGCUGCACCAAUUGAAAACUGAAGAAGAGGAUGCGAUCUAUCAAGUAGGCUAUUCGAACGACGCUCAUACCGACUACGUAAAAGAUAGCGCCAAAAAGCAAAACCUAGAAGCCUUCUUGACAUUACUUGCAUCUAUUUACAGAGGCCAUUUGAACGCUGGAAACAGAUACUGGAAGCGAGAGCAUGGGUUAUUCGCCUUUGUGAAAUGGCUAUUUGAUUUGAAAGUUGUUGGCACAGUUCGUGCUGCCUUUGACUUUUUGGCGUCAAUUUCUACCGGCGAUGAAUGCGCUUCUUACGCAUAUGAAGUCUUGUCUAUGGGGACCAGUCAGGCAGACAUCAGCAAUAGCCAUUUAUUUUCCUGGGGAAAACUGUUUGCCACCCUUCAGUUUUAUGCCGCUGAGAUAUACGGCACUCUCCCUGGUGAAGAAUGUCCUUCGAUCCCUGAGACAGAAGAACAGGUCCUAUGCUCAUUAUUGCAUCUCUGUCAGCAAGUGGUACAGUACUCUUCGACAGCAAGAAUUGCCAUUUGGGAAGACCGUUUGCUUAGGCCACAUGAGUCUAUUGUGAGAAUGAUCAGUUGCCCAACAUCUGUAGAUUUACGUGCACGACUCUAUAGCCUUUUGGCAGCCUUCUGUUCCUCUUGGGGUGGUGGCAUCAACGGAAUUGGAAAACGGAUCUCAAUUGAGGUUUGGAGCACAUUGGAGAUAUCUGAUCUUAUUUUAUCAGACAAGAGAAUGGUAGCUGCUCCUACGGUUACUCCUCCCAGCACUACAGCGACCGAAACAUUUCUUGGUAGCUUGGCAAGCUUGAAUGCUCCAGAGCCCGUUCCUGUUGCGAACAACACACUUUCAACUCCUGCGACUCGCUUCUUACUUCCUGAUCAGUCAUCCGGCUUCUUGAUCGAGUUUGAUUCAGAGAAAAACAGCAUGUCAUACACAAGAACUCUUAGUAUUCUCAAACUAAUGGCCUCCCUUAUUCAUAAACAAAGCGAAAAGGACAUUCUUAUCUCAGGCUAUUCCAUGGCUGAGCCCUCUAUUCCACCUUGCUUAGGAAGCGAACAUCGCUCACCUGGAACUGCACCAUACCUUUCUCUGGUUAUCGAUCAUAUAUUCUUGAGUCUCAACAAUUUGCAGUUUACAAAUCCCAAUAACAAAUGGCAGUUGACCGACGCUUGCUUGAAAGUAGUAGAAAACAGCAUCAUGUCAUUUGAUUUAGAGCCACUUUGUGACCAUGUAAAUCAAUUGAUAAGUCAAUCUUCUGGCUUGACUGUCGGUAACGAAGACUACAUGAGCAUCCUGAGAGAUUCAAGCACUCCACAGUUAAAACCAUUUCAAUCAGGAGGAACCCGAGAUGCAUUGAUUGCUUACAUUACACAUCCAGGAUUUGACGUUAUGGUGCGCAUCCUAUCCGGUGGCUCGCUUGUUAAUGAAUUAUACAGGAUCAUCUGCUUGAAUGGGAACAGAACAAACGAAGUGCAAGGAUCAAGAGCCAAGAGAAAUCAUUACUUUAGAACAUCGCUUACUCGAUGCCUUCGUAUCAUACACAAAGCCAUGACAAUACAAAAUGCAUUUGUAAGCGUGCUAUUACCUCAGCUCAACAUGUGCUCAGAAAAGUUACCUGCAGGAGAACUUAAACUUGGCAGCUAUGUCUUUCCACAAGUGACAACCAACUUGACUUCUGUGGGAAGAACGAUGCUAUUUAACACUCAAAUCAUUACACAAAUAGCACUUUUGGUCUCUGAUGAAAGCGAAGAAAUAUCUAUCCUAAGUAUCAACAUUUUACGCGCUCUUGCUUUACAACCCAAUGCAAACCCUGACAAGGUGCAAUUCCCCAAUUAUGUUAACCUGCCGAUGGGCGGUAUUGGUCAGCAGCUACCUGGUAUUCUAUCUUCAAGUCAUGAAGCAGCUUCGAUCAUAUUGGGUAUUAGUGAACGUUUGGAUGUUGAAAGCAUGGAGAACAUAAGCUAUGAUAAUUAUAAUUAUGAUAUCAAUACAAUUCCAUUCUGGCGUGCUGAGAAGACCCUUGGUUACGACUAUAGCAAUGAAGAUGAAGAUGUUCUUGGAGUGACGCAUCAGUAUCCUUCCAUACGUAUUGCUAUUUUGGAUAUGCUUAUUUCCUCCCUUCAUAAAGAUCAGCCGUCACCCACUCUGUCCGAGUUCUUGCUUGGUUACGAUGUUCAAGAAAUUGUAGAAAAGGGCUCACAACAAAAGUCUAUCCUUACUUCAUAUGAACAAGAUACUAGGCUGAGCUGCUUGUUUUCUAUACUAAACAUACUGCGAACUUACAAUUCACAGCAAUCCAAUUCUUUGAAACAAGGUCAAAACUCUGUAGAAGUUCAUCCAUUAGUUGCCGAAAAAUGUUACUAUUUACUCCAUCAGCUUUGUUCUAGAGAAUCAACAUCAACUGCUACUCUGCACUAUAUAAGAGCUAAUGGAGAUGAUCUUUUGGUUAAUCAACUUCGGUUUAUUGUGCCUAGAGUUGAUACUAGUCUGGUUGCAAUUGAGCAACACUUUGCGGGCACUAUCAAGUACGCAGCAGGAAAUGGAGUUCAAACAGAUUUCUUUACUUUAAAGUCCAUGCUUAACCAGCGUGCAUGGCUGCUCAAACUGCUGGCAUUAGAACUUCAUGUUCGUAAGACGACAGGCACUGCAUCUCUAUUGGAGUCACUUUAUGGCCAUGAUACCUACAGCUCACUGGACGUCACAAACAGCUUGAGUGAUCGAUUCGGCUCACUACGCAUUCAAAUGUCUGGUGACUAUCAACAGCCACACUGGAACCUGCUAGAGAUUACGAGUUCACUCGAGUUUUAUUGGCAAGAUCAUAAUCUGGGGCCUGCCUCUGUAGAUAUCACCAAAAAUUACUUUAAAGACUUUAAGCCAAAGGACUAUGAAACGGAUGACCUGGCAAGUCAUUGUAAACUCUUUGAUAUCCGCAGCGUUUAUAAAUAUCUUAGACAGACUCAAAAGGAAAUGCUCAGCAGAGGCACUAUACCUGAACAAGAGAUUAUAGCAAUAGAAGAAGAAAUGGGAAAUAUCUUGCAGACUUUAAUGGCUGAAAAUAGAAGUCGCCAAAUCAAAUCAAGCCGCUUACGUUGCCUUCAAGCAUGGAAGCAACUAGUUGAAGUUAGCUUACUCGACUGCUUCGAUUCGCUCUCUCGCCCUAUUCGAGAAAAGAUCGCCUAUGAUUUACUUUCGACUCUAUGGAAUAAGCUAGAAGAAGAAAGUUAUCAAGAAAGAGUUGUUUUACGAAACAUGAGCGAGCUUAUUGUCGUCCUAUUGGCAAGACUAAAAACAGACAAUGAUACAUCAACAACUUAUCUUAGUUUACCAAACGAAAGGCUUCGACAAACAUUCUAUGGUAUCAUUCAAUUCAUUUGCAAGCGUGUUAUUACGAUUGAUAUUCGUAGCAAUUUGUAUAUCGCCUUGGUCAUUUUCCUGCAGUACAUUGAUCUAUCUAACUAUUCACCUGGUAACUUGCAAUUGCUUGAAAUCAUCGACAACGAAACACAAGAAAGAGUGCUGGAUAUUCUGUGUAAUGAUGCCGUUGAUGCCUGGGAUACACACAAAGAUGCAGCCAUUGUGGCCAUUCAAUCUCUUUAUGUCUUGUUCCAAAGAAGUAAGCGCACAUCCAUUCAUUCUUAUCUUGCCAACAAGAAUAUGCUGCAUCUGCUUGAUACAUCUGCCAUUCAAGCAAACGAUACUAUAUUAAUCCCUUAAAGCAAUAAACAUGAAUAAUAAUAGUAGUACACAAUUGAAUUUCGUACUAAAAUGUAAAUUGAUCCAAAAAAAAAAGCUUUGUUUUGCAUAGUACGAACACUAGUUCAGUGUGACUGUAGUAGUAGUACAGCCAUAGUUUGGUGUGAAAUCAUGACGCGUGAAAAUUUUGUGAAAUUAAACAGGCGCGCGCUCCUACGCGAUGUAUAAAAAUG